GGGACAGAGUGAUGAUUGAUCAUUAAUCUGACAGCUCUAACUGGAGCGGAAUCAGCUCUCUCGUUGCUCUGCAUGACUCUGUGCAGACACGCUGCAAACAUUUCUCUCUCCUCACUCACAAAAACACGGACACGUGGAGCAGAGAUGAUGGCCGAGACAGGAUCGAGCAGGACGCCAGAGGAAGAGCUGAAUUUGUCGCUUUUUUACUCAUUUUUGCGUGAUUUUGUUGUUGCUUUCUUUAUGGGCAGCGAUACCAGUAAAAACAGCAAGAGCGACGGACCACCUGCUCAGCGUCGACUCAGUCAUGGCUUCCUCUCAAACGUGAGGGUCUCCAUCACUCACAGACUUGGACACUCGGCUGUGUUUUCUCGGCCUGUGGGACCGGACAGCAGACCGUCUGUCCCCAAACUCCUGCUGCCUCCAGAGGACGCAGAGAAGACUCCCCCGGCUUUCAUCUCUGCCUUUCUGCCUGAGUUCCCACAGCGUAAACUUCCCGAAAGAGACCACUUCCAGAUCCUGGGCUUCAUAGCCAAAGGCUCAUAUGGACCCAUCUUGAAAGUGAAAGACAUUUUUAAAGAGAAGACCUACGCCGUUAAGGUUCUACCAAAGUCAGACAUCUUGAAACAUGGAGCGCUGCAGCAAUGCAAAGAAGAAGUCAUCAUUCAGCGGCAGCUCAAACACCCAUUCAUCCACAAUCUGCAGGACUGCUGGCAGACACAGCGCCAUCUCUUCAUUAUGUGCGACUACUGCAGUACUGGAGACUUGUACACUUACUGGUUACUAAAGGGCCACUUUGGGGAGGAUGAGGUUCGGCUCUUUGCUGCAGAGCUGGGAGGUGCUCUGGGAUUUCUGCAUGACUUAGGGAUCAUACAUAGAGAUGUAAAGAUGGAAAACAUCCUUUUAAGUGAUCAAGGUCACCUUCGGUUGUCUGAUUUUGGGCUCUCGCGGCGGCUGAAACGAGGAGGAAGAGCGUUUACGAUAUGUGGGACAAUCCAGUACAUGGCUCCUGAAGUUUUAAGUGGGGGUCCGUACAGCCACGCCGCUGACUGGUGGUCCCUUGGCAUCAUGUUGUUCACACUGGUGACAGGAGAGUUUCCAGUACUUGCAGAGUCGGACCACCGCAUCAUGUUGAACAAGGUCACAGCUUUCCCUUAUGUCCUUCCUGAAACCUUCAGCUCUGCUCUGAUCCUUCUGCUCACUGAGCUUUUGUGCAAGAAUCCAGUGAACCGGCUUCGUAACCUCGAGUGUUUCAAGAUGCAGGCCUUCUUCCGCGGCACUUCAUUCGACUCUCUCAUCCUUCAAAAGACACCUGUCGAUGUCAUCCUGGAGCUCAGGACUCACCCUGAUCGUGCCGCCAAAGCAAUGAGAGGCCUUUCAUCGGACGACUUUGAAAACUUUGACUGCGAUAAAAUCCUUUACUCCCCUACAACUCCCACUGAACUGUCUCACAUGGAGCUGAGCCCAACAACAGAACAGGCUUGUAAAGCAUAA